UUCUCAUUUUCAGCUGCUUGUCCGACUCUUCAAGCUGCCCUUUUCCCACUGUUACUCGCAAACUUCCUUGAUUUUCUGAAAAAGGUGCCAAGGAGGCUAAUAUAUAUAAAGGGGCGGGUGCAUAAUUGAAGAUUAAAGAACAAAUAAAUAAUAAAACAAACCCCUCGAUGAAGUUAGGAAGGUGAUUUAUUUAAUGGUGGGGGAAAUAAUCUCUUUAUAUUCCAUGCAUGCUGGAGCCCUUUGAAGGAUGUGGUGCAAUUUUCCUUGCGCGAUACAGGAACAUAAAGCCAAACAUGUGUAGAUCACUGGAAGCAUCGGAUUGAGUCUGAUUUUCAGUCUUCAGGUUUGGAUUAUUGCUUUAGUGGAUUAUUCUAAGGUAAUAAUAUUAACGAUAAUCAGCCUCAUCAUCAUAAUUAUGUUCGGGAAUCCCGAUUUUCGCACCACCGGUUUGUCACCGGAGGAUUGACGUGCGGGGGAAGAAUAAUUAUCCCAAGUUGUGCGAACGCAGACGUUGGAUUAUACACACCGUUCUUACCUGCUUUCCUCGCCCUUUUGGAAAUAUCAUGAUUUUUAUUAACAUUUUCAGCGUUAUUCUACUUUUAGAUAAAAUUCUACAAGGUGUGAGCAGCUCAUCAGCACUGUCCAGCACUGGAACACAGGGAUGGAGGACUCCAGUGGACUGUGUCAGAGCAAAUGAGCUGUGCACUGUUGAUUCGCAGUGUAGCUCUCGGUAUCGGACCCUACGCCAGUGUUUGGCUGGGCGCGAUAGGAAUACCAUGCUUGCCAAUAAGGAGUGUCAGGCUGCCCUGGAGGUCCUCCAGGAGAGUUAUCUCUAUGACUGCCGUUGCAAAAGGGGAAUGAAGAAGGAGCUUCAGUGUUUACAGAUUUAUUGGAGCAUUCACCUGGGUUUAACUGAAGGAGAAGAAUUUUAUGAAACAUCCCCCUAUGAGCCUGUCAGUUUCCGUCUCUCUGAUAUAUUCCGAUUGGCCUCCAUCACUUCAGAUCGCUGUUCAGAUACUGGAAAACCCUGUAACCCUUGCCUGGAUGCUGCUAAGACCUGCAAUUUAAAUGAAAACUGCAAAAAACAACGAUCCCUCUAUAUCUCCACGUGUAUCCGGUAUAACCCUUCCCAAGAGUCAUGUAAUCGACGAAAAUGCCACAAGUCACUGCGUCAGUUUUUUGACCGAGUGCCAACAGAGUACAGCUAUCAGCUCCUCUUCUGCUCCUGCCGGGACCAAGCAUGUGCCGAGCGAAGGAGACAAACGAUUGUGCCAGGAUGCUCUUAUGAAGAAAAAUCUAAACCUAACUGUCUAGAUUUAAGAAGUUUAUGCCGAGGCGAUCAUGUUUGCAGGUCAAGAUUAGCUGACUUUCAUAUGAAUUGUCAGACAACCUUCCAUUCCAUCACAUCUUGCCCAAAUGAUAACUACCAAGCAUGUCUGGCUUCCUACACCGGACUUAUUGGGUUUGAUAUGACGCCCAACUAUGUCGACUCCAGCCACACUAACAUUGUAGUUGCCCCCUGGUGCUCGUGUAAAGGAAGUGGCAAUCGGGAGGAGGAAUGUGAAAAAUUUUUAAGGGAUUUCACAGAAAAUACCUGCCUUCGAAAUGCAAUUCAGGCAUUUGGGAAUGGCACAGAUGUCAACAUUAUCCCAAAAACGCCUUCCAUUACUACAUUGUCGACACCAGGCCAGGAACGAGAAGAAUGCUCUGAGUCAUUUGGGAAUCCCAAUGAUAUCAAGCAAAAAGAUGAUGCCUGUGCUUUCACCACUUGUAGUAAUAUUCAAGACAGUGGAACAAAGUGCAACGGCUCAAAGGAACAAAGAUUCUUCCAACCUGAGAACCAAGUGGACCCUCCUAAGUCUGGCACUCCUUCAGAAAUGGAAAACCUUUCAGAAUCUGGCAGUAAGGACGAUAUCAGUUCAGCCCAAGUCCAGCUGUGCAGCAGUGCUGUGUUUCUAAUGGCAUCCUGCGUAACUGUGAAACUGGUUUUAUAAAGAUCAAGUUGAAACUUCAUAAAACAACAUGCUUAUAAGCAGACCCAGAGCGAGGGAACUGUGAUUUUAUUCACAUUUAUGUUUCAAAUAUGAGCUUUUCUGAAGACAAAUAACAGAGUACACAAGGCAUAACAGUCAUGACGACUAACUGCCAUGGUUUAGACAAGCUCUUGAUUCCAAAGUAAAGACCUACUGAAACACAGAACAGUUCAUAGCAGGGUCAUACUUCCUUUGGCUGCUUUGGGAUCAUUCCCAUGAUUCAGCCAAAUACAAUUUGUGCUUAUUUAGAGGGACUGUUUAUUUACAUUUACAGAUAAGUGCAAUGACCUUGAAAAAUCAAAAGACAAAAAUGAUACAUUUGGAUAAGUUGGAUCGGCGUGCACUGUGAACAAAGGAUCUGCCCCGUGUUUGUUUCCCCACAUGGCAUGCAGCCUGGAGGGAGUUCAUCUGCAGACAACAGUGCUAUCAUUUUUCAAUAUAUUAUUUUCUUUAUGUUUUUUUUUUAUAAGUUAGUUGCCCAGAUAUAUUCUAUUCAAAAAAGUAAUUUUGGUAUUAUCAUUAUUAUGUCAACAUAAUUUGUAAGUACUGAAUUAUACAGUAAACUGAUAUAAGAAUAUGUAACAUUUACACAUGUGUAAAAUAAACACAUUUAUAUAUACGUACUGUAUAUCAUAAAACAAAUGUGUGUACCAGAAAGUGCUUAAGCAAGGAAAUUUAAACAAAAGGAAAUUCCCUGUAGCUAUUUUUAUUAAUAUGCAAAUUUGCAUUAUCCUAUUCAGUACUGUUCUUAAAUGUAAGUCUCUUCACAGUGGACUGGCUCAGAGCGCUUUACAGAUUUACAAAUAUAAAUCAGCUACCUUUUCAUUAUAUCAGCAUUACUAACAAUGCCUUUAACAGUAGCAGGUACUUUUGAGCAGAACUCUUAUUUUUAGGAGAAAUGGCUUCAGAAUUCUCUUAGACAGCAGCAUAUUCAUGGUAUGUACGAGUCUAUUGGGAAGAUGACCAAUUAGCUUAAAAUAAUCAUUCAGUUUUAGACUAAUUAUUUUUCUCAGACUAAUGUAAUGCAGCACAGUGACUUUUCUUUUGGUCAAUCAUUACUCAUAUAUAUUUAUAUAUACAUAUAAAUCAUAUAUCUCAAGCUUUACCAUACUAUAUUGUGCUCUACUCAAGUGAAUAAGCACUUGUUUUGCAUAUAAAGCGGAGAUUGUUCUACUAUACAUUCAAGGUCAUAUUUUACUGAUUGUAUUUUUAUUGCCUUAUGCAUGGUCAGGCUGACUGAGUAAAUGGAACCUAAAAUAUUUACUAUAGGAUAAUCACCUCAUUUAAAUUGCUAAUUAAAAACACGUUAUUGUUUCAGCUCUUCCUAUUUUUACACAAAACACAUUUUUCUAAAGAACUCCCAGAACGUGUGCAUCCUGCCAUGCAAUCCAAGAUUCUAAAUUACUGAAGUAACAAUGGAUUUCACCUUGUAUACCUAUCAAUAAACAAACAAUAAUAAUCUAAAAUGCUACAACAAGUAAUAUUUCUCGCCAACAUUCUCAUUAUCAAGCAGCAUUACAGUUUGCCAUUUCUUUCCAUUGCUUGCAAUAUAAAUAAAACACUUCUAUUCUAUGGUGAAACUCCUAUCCUUCACUAAUAAUAGUAUUAAUAAUUUUGAAACAUGAAAUGUUUGAUAAUCAUUGCUUCCAUUUCUUACUCCCUGCUCUGUCUAUAGAUUCAGAUUAUGGAAACACAUAUGAUAUUCUCAUUUCAUGAAAAUGAAAUUGAUUUGAAACUGUUAAAUUGUGUCUUUUCAGUUCUUUGUUAAGGUAAACCUCAAUUCUAAACAGCAAUUGCGUCUCGUUGGUUGUACUCUGUGUAAACAUAUUUGUAAAAUAUCCGGUUUGUUUAGCUCAUUUCGACUUGCCAGGAGAGGGUUUGAAAGGGAUGAAUUUGGAAAUAUUUUGGCAGCCCUUUUAGCACAUUAAUGUAAGGAUUGCGGUCUUCCUGACUGAUACGGAGCGCCUGUUGCUUUUUCCUUGACUUUGAUUUUCUUCUCAUGAAAGCAAAUAAAAUUUUGUAAAUAUUUCAAUAUCAUUAUCGACACAAUAAAAACAUAUAAUAAUUCAGUCUAAUGUGAAAGGUGUGUUUAACUAUUUUUGUACCAAAAUCUGCAGUAUUAACACUGUAACUGCCCACUGAAUGUUAACAGUUGCAAUCUGCUCUUCCGUAUAUGCUUACUGUUAAAUUGGCCAAAGUACACACACCUUCAAAGCAAUUUCUCCUGUAACAGGCUUUAAUUUUUAUUUGGCCUCUUCAAUGCUCUCUUCUGUUUAAAGGCAAUUUCUUGUUAUUUGUUUUACAUUCAUUUAUCGUCGGAGUGAGAUAUUCCAUUUCUUAAGAUAGGUGUGAUACUCUGCUUUUCCUGCACUCCCAUUAACAUCCUCCUUGUAGGACUGUACCAUAGCUGUAAAGCAAGUGUUCUUUCCGAUUAAAUAUUUUAGCAGGUGCCAUUACUCAAGACAACUUAAAUGGUCUCUGCACAUGGCAAUUUUAACAUAUAUUUUUUUACAAGUAAAUCAAGUGAAAUGAUUUAGGAGACAGUGAGUCAGAAGUGAGAUAUGAAGUGGCAACUUUGUAUGUUAAACUCUAGUGGCAUGACUACUAGGCCACAAUGACUGUUUCUUGUAUUCUCUCUAUCCAUAAUACAUAUCAUUUUAGAUUUUCUUCUGUCUGUUUGUCUCUCUCUAAAUCUACAGUAAAUAUAGUGUAUAUAUUGUACACAUACUGUAUAUCAGUUUCUUCACCUGCUUAAACUAGUGCAGUAUUGCAGAAAGCUACAGUCUAUCAGACACAACUCUGGAAACAAAACGAGUCCAUCAUGGCACACACGUAUUCACCGUGGAGUACUGCCCUGGAAGAGGAAGAAUGUGCAAAUGCAAAUACAGUCAUUGGUUCUUUUGGAUUUAAAUUUGAACGAUUGCAGCUGUAAGUCAGCAGGGAAGUCCACUCCACCGAUGCCCCACCCUGUUUCAGAAAUAUGCACAGAUAACACAAUACCAUUUCAUUUUUGUAUUGCAGGGACCUUCCAAUUUAAUUUAUUUCAUAUUAAUCGUUUAUUUCUAGAUUAAUUUUAGGCACAUACCUGUACAUAAGCUUCAUAUAAUAAUUUCUUCAAUUUCUUUAUGAUUCUGUCGAGAACCAAGAGUCAAUUCUAGCAGCAGUGGGAAAAGAAAGAUCCAAAGCUAAUCAGGAAACCAUAUCAUUACACUCGGACACUUUCCUACACUCACUCAUUCACUCUUAUAGGGCCAAAGAUAACUGAAUAUGCAUACAUUCGAUCUGAGUGAUUCUGUUACAGUGUUAUGGAUUGUUAUUGAAUUGGAACAGAAUAACUUUAACUGAAAUGGCCUGUGGAAGAAAAAUAAACCACAUUAAUUCAUUAACAAAAUAGAAUUUCUUUAUUGAUGGACCGAGAAUCCCUUUUGAAUUCUGGAAAUUUGCUAUCUUUACCCUUUUAAAGGUUCCCAAAUCUGCUUAUAUCCAUCUUCCUUAUGUCAUACAUGGUGUGGUGAUAACACAAAAUACCAGUACAUGAAACAAUGAAAAAUCAGGAUAUACAGUAUAUGGUACUCUUUAUAGCUCCACAAAUAUUUUUUGCUUGUUAUUUAGAGAAAUAAUUAGUCCUUUUUCUAUCUUUUAAAGUUUUACACCCUGAGUUAGAAUUGUAAACAGGACGUUGGCCCGUCUCUUACAGACAUGUAGAAAUGAAAUUUAUUCUAAGGUUGAUAUUUCUUGUAGAAGUUACCACAUUCAAGAAGGAUACCAAUAUUUCCUGGUAGAAACCAGCUUUGCAAUUUCUCGUAAAUUUGCAAAGACGGGCUCAUACAAAUAAUAAUUAAUAUUUAAAAAAAUCUUUCACAUGUAUGUAAUGACAAAGAAAUCAUUUAAAAAACCUAUUCAUACAAUUUAAUGGUAACAUAGUAACAUAUAUAAAUAAAGAUAAGAAUACAUAAAAGUCAUAACUGUAACAUUUCAUUGUAUGUCUUUUGUAUUCUCAAGCAUUUUUUGUUCAUUGGAAAUAAGGGCAACAACGCAUUUUCUUCAGUGUUCCAUGAUGAGUUGAAAACACUACAUAUGUAUUUUUAAAUCUAAAUGCAAAACACUUUUAAAAAUAGUCACAUGAAAGCAUUUGUGGCCUUUCACCUCAAAGAGAAACUGCAUAGUUGAAGGGGUACAAGAAUUUGGUAUAUUCUGUUGGUGUUCCCAAAUACUUACCAGAUGUACAAGUUGCUACUGAAGUUGUAUGAAAGAGUUGUUAUAUGAAAUAUUUUUGAUGGCUCUGUAAAUAAUUGAUCCUUGGCAAAGCAAAAUUAAAUAUGAAGAUUUCAAGUAACAUUUCUGGGGUCUUAACAAGGCAAUCUUUGUUCAUCAACUUCUAUAUGGAGGAACAUCUUGAAAAUGUCUUUGUGGAAGGUAAUGGGACAGCCUGCAUUCUAAAAACAAAGAGGACUUUUACUUAGUUUUCAGGGAAUUCAGACAAUGGUAAGGGUAUCUUUGGAGCAAAUGUUUUUUUAAAAUUUUGUGCACAUACAGUACUUUUGUGUGAGUUUUCAUUUUUUUAGUGCUCAGUGGUUAUCUUUUGGUGUACAUGCACAAACACAUAUACACACACAGGAUAGCAAAUGAGAAACACAAAUGAUAAAUGCUGCGUACUAAAAAAUGGGUCAACUUGUACUUGUUUUGGUAUAGUAUUGAUGAAUUCCAAAUAUAUACAGUAUAAAUAUAUAUAUAUUUCUGAAACUGGUAAUGGUGCAAUUUUCAGUUUCUUCAGUUUGAAAAAAGACUGCUGCUUUUACUCAAUGUGUAUAUUUUUUCUGUGAGUAUAGAUAAAAAAUGUUUCCCUUCAAAUGUCCCAAUGUAAUUUCUAUUGUUGCAUAAGUGACCCCUUGUUUAAAACCAAAAUGGGGAAAUACAAUGGAACAAAACAUUAAUCACUAAUAAAAUGGGUAAUAAAAUGGCACAUGUGUCAUUAUGAGUGCCAUAAUUUGACUGUG